CACAAACCCAAUCUCCCUCCUCGCUCAUCCAACCUUACGACAUCAUCACCAACUCGGGAACGGUUCCCAUUUUCCAGAGACAACCAACCAUCGAGCAAGGCAAGGAAAAAAAAAAAAAACUCGUUUGGAGAGUCGUACAGCUUUUUUUUUGAUACAUUUGGGUUGAUAUACAAAAAUACCUUCGCUUAUCCACACACCACUGCAAUAGACGCAGCAAAGCAGUCAGACUGGCAUCGGUAUAAGCUAUACUGCAUACACGCGCGAAUACGGCAGGGAAAAUUCUUGGGAGCGUUUUUGUAAAAAAAGAAUUGACGGAUACACAGCGGUAGCUAUGGUGAGAGAUUCAUUAGUGAUUUGGAGGGCGGGUGGAGUUUUCAUUUUUCUCCUGAGUUUUGCCUCGGUGGCUGACAGUUCUUUCUUUUUUUGCGUAAAUAUUGUAGUCCGCGUCGGUCGCUUCUCAGCCGUCUCAGUACUUCCAACACACAAUGCUCGCCUCUCGUCUGUCGAGCUCAAUGAGGCCGAUUAGCACAGCAACAUCGAUCGACUCGUCGGCGGAUUUCGAGGAUAAUAGCCACAGGAGGAGGCCGGUGAAUGGAUGGGGCGGAAGGGUGAUGGAGGAGGUGGUGAUGGAGGCACCGGAGGAUGGACUGGAGGAUCUGGAUCACUCGGAUGCCGAGAGCAUCAGGUCGUUGAGCUCGCGGGCUCAGAGGAUGAACGAGAUGCUUAGCGAUAGCGACUCGUCCAUUGAAGGCCGGGCGAGCACGGAUGGCGAGCGUACCUUCACCUCGCUGUCAUCAUACGACGAGCCUAGAACGCCAAAAUCGCCCGCACCGGAAUACUCUGCUCAUGGGUUCCCCGUGAUCGAGUCCUCGGAUGAGAAGAGCCCGGAGUUGUUCCGGAGGUACUCUGUAGAGCCUUCCCCCACUUACCAGAGGGAUAGUGUAUCAACCAUCGGACCAAAGGGUCCUCAUCUAUUCCGCUCCUACUCCACCUCCCACACUACUUCAAUUGCCCACAUCACAAUCCCUCACUCGGGUAUCGUCAUGCCGCCAACCCCGUCCGCAUCUGCGUCUCCUGCUUCGCCUCCUCCAGCUGUUUCCCCAUCUCACUUCCCGGCUCCUCCGCAGUCACCUCACUGUGCAGAGGCGCCACAGGUCCGCCCGAUGAGCGAGUUGUCAGCUGUUGUCAGCGACUAUGAGAUCGAUGAGGUCAAGAGCUGGAGUCCCAAACAGGUUUGCGCUUGGAUGACUGCUCUGGGCUUUGAGAGGGAACUCGUGGAGAAGUUCGAAAAGAACGACAUCUCCGGUGCUAUUCUCGUAGACUUGAAAUGGGAGGACUUGAAAGAGGUAUGAUACUCAUAAAUUUUCACUCGGUUGGACUGAGAGUGAAGGGUAGAAUGGUUCAAUUUCCGGCUGACUUUGGCUUCUUUUGACAGUUGGAUAUCCACUCUUUCGGUAAGCGUAUCGAGCUCUGGUCUGAGAUCCACCAUCUCCGGGCUCGCACCGCUACCUCCCCACCAAUGGCCCAAGAAUCCUUCCCCCGCGCCUCAUCCCGUGUAUCCCGAAACUCCUCUACUCGCUCAAAGACCUCUCGAUCGCCAAAGUUCGCCCGUGGCCCACAAAUGGUGGUUCGAGAGGUUGGCAACAUGAGAUCCGGUGGCGGAGCCAAAGCCCUCCCAGACCUCCCAACCCUCCUCCCACGAUCCGACCGCCGGAAGGAGCAGAUGAUUUCUGAACGUGAGGAGUCAUCCGAUGAGGAGCACGCAUCAAGGCCCGUUAGACAGAUGCGAAAGCGUGGCAGGAAGACCAAUGUGCGUGUACCGAAGAAGCAGUUCUCGGUCGAAUCGAUCGAUUCGGAGACGGCGUCCUCGGAACGCGCGUUUGAGCAAUAUAGACCCUCUCUGAGGUACAUGCCUUCCGUCGAUGAUGUUGAAGGUCACGUAGUCAUUCGUGCGCGCAGGGCAAAGUCUCCCGCUGCUCGUCGCAGGAGAAAGAGCGUUGUUGAGGUUCUGCCGAACGAGAUCUCGCACAAACCUUCUACAAAGCACAGGUGCAAGAAGCACGACGGGAAGUGCGAGCACAAGCAUCAUAAGAAGCCUCAUAGGUGCAGUAAGGGUGACAAGUGCCAUAAGCACGGUAGUGGAUCAAAGCCAUCCGAGCCGAAGAGGGCUUCAUCCCUUGAGCACGGGACGAUCCUCAUCGCUACAACCCCAAGCAUUGCGGAUGCUAACCCUCCCAGAAUUUCUGCCCUCUACUCCGGCUCCGAGAGACCGACGAGACCGGGAAGUGUGGCUACCGCCAGCGUCCUCGCAUCGAGUGACGUCUUAGGCCCCACUCAUGGCCGUGAAGUCAAGCUUCAGGAGAACACACUUAAGGAUGUGGCACGCAUGGAUCCAUUGGAGAACGUCAAACAAUUUCUGACACUCCAGCACCUCCAGCACCUCGAAGAGCGCAGGGAGUCCCCACCGCCGGUCCCGACAAAGUCGGCAGAGCACCUCGCACGCGCAAGGGGGACAUACACGCCGCCUACACCCUCCGCCACACCUAGCCCACCACUUGCCCCCCGCAGCGACUCUCUUCUGCCACCUACCUCCUCUCACUCGGCAAAGUCGGUAUUGGUGCCCCUCGCACCAGCCCUCCACCACCCCCCGACACCCACCCCCUCCCCACCGAUCCGCUCCCAGACCCCCUCACUGGGCCUCCGCACCCAGGGUAUGGAGCGACCAGCACCCCCCUCGAUCAACAACGCUACCUCCCCAAUCUCCCGAAUGCGCUCACCAUCCAACCUCCUCCGCACAACAACUCCAUUCUCAGAGGCAGACGUACCCUACGCCUCCGCAACCCCUGUACCACGAAAUAUGUCCAACUCUGCGCCUCCGGACAUGCGCUUCCGCCGCUUCCCAACCCCCGACUUUGCCCAACACAGCACCCCCUCGCUCCCCACGACACCAUUGCCACUUCCCACCCGCCGUGGCCCCUCAACCGCCUCCACCUCACACUUCCGCCCACAACCACUGCACAUGACAGUCGUCGACGAAAAUGCCGAGUGGGAGCCCAUAGAUGAGGACGAAGUCAAGAUGGCGCCCUCGCCCAACCCCUUGAGGAUGCACAGCGGGUGGAUGAAGAAGCGACGAACAAACUGGUUCCGCCACGAGUGGCCGGACUACCACUUCGUCCUGAAGGGCACGCGCCUCGGAUACGCCAAGAACAUGGAGAAGGAGGACGGCUUCAUCGAGAUGGACAAUUACUCCGUUUCCUGCUCGAAUACUGCUUCGCAUAAGCUAUCCGCCGCGUUCAAGGGCGCUAGACUAUUUGGAAGGAAGACUAGUGGUGGUGCGGGUGAAGGCACUGGUGCAUACUUUUUCCAGUUGGUACCGGCUGCACCCGAGGGCGGGAGGAAUGCCGUUGGGAAGGUACAUUAUUUUGCGGUCGGAACUAGGGAGGAGAGGAUCGACUGGAUGCGGGAGCUUAUGCUGGCUAAGGCUAUCAAGCAGAAGAAGGAGGGGUUUGAGGUUGAGGUUAAUGGGGAGAGGAUU